AUGCUGCCAUCCCGCCGCGUCGUAGUCACUGGCGUCGGCCUGGUCACGCCGCUUGGCGUCGGCGUCGAGCAGAGCUGGCGUCGGCUGCUCGCCGGCGAGACCGCGGUCCGGCGGCUGCCAUCGCUCGACGGCCUUCCUGCGCAGAUCGCGGCGCCAGUGCCGCGGGAGGGCGAGGGCGGCUUCUCGCUCGCUGGCUGUGGCCUCGCCGCGCCGGGCGACGAGACGUCGCUCUCCACCUUUGUGCAGUUUGCCCUCGCCGCCGCCGACGAGGCGCUCGUGCAGGCGCGCUGGUCGCCAGAGACCCGCGCCGAGCAGGAGCGGACGGGCGUCGCCAUCGGCUCGGGCAUCGGCGGGCUCUCCGACAUCGUGGAGGCGUCCGACGCGCUGCGCGAGCGCGGCGCGCGCCGCGUCUCGCCCUUCUUCAUCCCACGCAUGCUCGCGACCGCGUGCGCGACGGGAGCGCAUGCGCUCGCGGACGGGCUGGGCAUGAUCCGCUCGGGCGAGGCGGACGUGGUGGCGUGCAUCGAGCCGCUGGCGGUCGCCGGCUUUGCGCGCGCGCGCGCCCUCGCCACGUCUUACAACGACGCCGCCGCCGCGCCCGGCGCGUCGCGCCCGUUUGACGCCGAGCGCGCGGGCUUCGUGAUUGGGGAGGGGGCGGCGGUGAUGGCGCACCACAUCACCGCGCCGCCCGACGACGGCGACGGCGCGCGGCGAGCGAUGGAGGCGGCGUUGCGGCUCGGCAACGUGGCGCCGGCCGAGCUUGGGUACAUCAACGCACACGCGACAUCGACGCCGACCGGAGACGCGGCCGAGGCGAUCGCGAUCGCCGCGAUUGCCGCGCAGCGCGGCGGGCCCGGCUGCGGCCCCCUCCUUGUCUCGUCGACAAAGGGGGCAACCGGCCACUUGCUCGGAGCGGCGGGCGCGGCCGAGGCGGCCUUCACGGUGCUCGCGCUCACCGCGGGGCGCGUGCCGCCGACGGCAAACCUUGCCGCCCCCGAGCCGGCCUCGGCCGCCUUCGAGCACGUCCUGCCGCGCGAGACGGGCCCGGCGGGCCGCGCGCCGCUGCCCGAGCUGCGCGCGGCGCUGUGCAACUCGUUUGGCUUCGGCGGGAUGAAUGCGUCGGUCCUCCUCACGCGGCCGGGACUCGAGUGGGCCAUGCCGAAGCGAGGGCAUCUCGGCGGGUGA